AUGAACCUUAAAGUUACAGAGAAGCAGAAAGUAUUUGAGAUGACCCCAAACUCAUUCAAAAGAAGUCCUAUUUAUUUAUACUGGGACAAAUUGCCCAUUGAAAAGGUGGAAUUUCGGUUGAAAAACAAAUAUGAUGAUACAGUAUUCAUUUUCCGUGGAACAGGGACGAAUUCUAUAUCAUGGUUCCAGAAAGAAAAACUCAGUGUGGAUCCGACUGACAUUUGGGUCCCACAAACUGUGACUUUCAAUGCGAAUUUCAAUUACCCGGAGUUUACCAUCGAGUAUAACACCGGGAGGAUAGAAGCCAAAAGAGAAAGUGGAAAUACGGAAAACUACGGUCUUUCUGACAAAACGUCGUCCGGUUUGUUUCAGUAUUUCGAAGCGAGGAAUCCUUCUUCGGGAAAUUUACGGAGAAACGGUGCUGAUAACUGUUUUCCCUGCUCUCUGGCGUGUGAUUAUGAAGAGUUGGUUUGUGUUGCUAUGCACUGA